AUGAACAGCCAACAACCAGACAAACGCUAUAACGUUCAAUAUACAAAUCAAAAGCACAAGAAACAGAAGCAAUGGUUUGAGGGAUCCAUAGUGUGCUCCAGUACCAAGAUUACACUCAUAGAGGCAGACACCAAGAAGACGCUCGAUUCAAAGUUUAGAAAUAGCUCCAUGAUACUGGAUGACGAUGUGGAGUUGGAAACAGAUGGAUAUAUCAUUAGGAUCAUUUCAAGUGAACAAAAGAGUAGUAGUAGUUGUAGUAGUGCCAGUACUCUGAGAACAUCAAAGCAGACCUCACAAACAAUUGCUACCAGACCCACAACGGGCAAGAGGAAGGGAUUCACAGUUCCUACUGGUAGUGGAAAUGCUCUCCUCAAGGAGGCCACACCUCCCAUUCACCAAUCAUCUCUUGAAGUCAACAACAACAACAACAACAUCAACAAAAGCAAUGAAGAGGAUGAUGAUACAUUUGUAUAUAGACAGCCACAAGGACACAGACAAGGAACAGAGUUACGUAAAACUCGAGACAUCAACAUCAACAACACCAACAACAACACCAACAACAACAUUUUCAAUGAUGAAAGCAAUGUUUCCCUGGAACCAAAACUCACCUAUCCAGUUCAACAUGUCAGAGUAACAGAACCACCUGCUGAUUCACGUCCAUCUCAACCAAAGUCAAGUCUAUUGGGUAUUCUAUCUUCAUUGAACAGGUUGGCUGCUCCUGCUCAAUCAUUGGAGGUUGUUUUACAACCAACAGCAACAGUAGCACCAGAUUCACCAAAGCAGUCACUUGUAGAUGACUUUGAGUUUGACUACAGCGAUCAAACUGUGGACAACCCCGACGACUACGUCCAAUCUUCAGUGGCACCCUCUUCAACAGCUCUUCCACUACCAAAGCCAACACUCCUCACUCGACCUUUACUCCUUACAACCAAGUCACAGACCUCAACACAACUAGUAUCAACAUCCGGAGGUCUGAAGCGAAAGCCAUUUGCACCAUUGCAUCCUGGACAAGGUACUGUAGAAACGCCACCACCAAAGUCAUUGAGGAGCAAGUUGUUCAACUCUCCAGGCUCACUCAACAAGAAAGGCAACAACAAUGAGCCUGACUGGAGUCCAGACUCGAUUGUAUUCCCAGAUGCAAAGACUUGCGAGAACCUCUACCUUCGUGGCACAAUCGAUCGAAACAGAACGAUAGUCAACAGUUUUGAGUCAAUAGACUCGUACCAACAGUGUUUUGUCAUGGCCAUCCAAGAGGAGCUCAACAUCAGAUUGGUUGAACUGGCACACAACUUUUAUAAGAGCUGUAUCAACUUAAAUACCUCUUCCAGCAAUCCAAAGUGUGAGCAUGGACCUACAAUCAGAUUGGUGACAAGGAUGGGAGCAAACAAAGGAAAGGAGUACUUUAAGUGUGCUGCACCUAGGAACAGAAGCUGCAAUUUCUUUCAAUUCCUGGGCACUUCCCAGCUAACUAUGCCACCCAUUGUUGACAAUCACAUUGUAAACCUGCCCACUGGUGACAGGUGUGAGGAAGUAGAACAGAUAUUCAACAACCGUGGAAUAUCACUCUAUAUGUCUGCCGACCUCUACGUCAAAGAAGAGAGAAUACCAACUGUGUCCACCGACACCUUCACUGUAAAUAGCAACUCCCAACAACAACCAACUCAACCAAAGAUAUCCUACUUUCUCAAGUUCCAAAAGAAGAAGUAUCAACAAUAUUCAAAGGAUGAUUUAUGGAUACUGUCAACAAACAGCAACUUCUCAAUCAACCCAUUCAUUGUGAGGAGUAUUUUCCAUGGUCCAUCCCAACUGGGAAUGAUCGAGGUCAAACCAAUUGGUGAUAUCCCUGAGAAGCUGAGUCGCGUGAACAAGGUAUUUGCUAUCCAGGCAAUGAAUGCAUCAACGGAACUAUCAAUGAUAGACAACCUUCAGUCAUCUAUAUUGGAGACACUUCCAAUUUCCAGUACACUCCUAGACCCAACAAAGGAGACUGUAUCCAACAAUGACACCUAUGAUAAGUUCUACAUGCACAUUACCAUAGAGGAGGGUCUAGCGCUUGCAAAUGAGUUUAUAGAUAAGUAUAGUCUCAAUGAGCAUCAAUCAAGAGUCCUAAUGGAAUGUUUCAAAUGGUUCAAUUUCAUUGACUCUGAGAAGGAGAACUAUUCACAGCCAGUGCUGCUGGUUCAUGGAGUCUUUGGAUCGGGCAAGAGUACUCUACUCGUAGUCAUUAUACUAUUCAUUGACAGACUGUGUGAACUUGGCGACAAUCAUCUCAUCAGAGUACUUGUGUCAUCAUUGACCAACGUAGCAGUUGACAGGAUACUUCUAGGAUUGCUACAGUAUGGAUUUGACAACUUCAAUAGGAUUGGAAGUGUAAAGAAGAUCGCCAAGCCCAUUCUCCUCUACAUUCUCAAGAGUGGUGGUACCUUGGGCGGUCGUACUGACCUGGACACAGAAAUCAUCAACGAUCUCAAGAGCAUGCUAAAGACUGAGACGUUAUCCGAGGAUGAACGGACCAUUCUACAGGAAACCAUUGAAUCCAUCAAGUCUGGCAGUACAAUCAAGAGGAAGGACCUUGGAAAGAGUCGAGUGGUAGGUGCUACCUGCAACUCAUCUCUAUUCUCCAGUUUGGAUGGACAGGAGUUCCCUAUACUAUUCCUGGACGAGUGUAGUCAAAUGCAAGAACCACUCUCAUUGCUUCCAAUCUGUCGUAGCAAGUGCCAUAGGCUCGUGGCCGUAGGUGAUCCCAUGCAACUGGAGCCAACAAUCCACUCCAAACCAUCAGAGCAACUUAUCAAGAGUGGUGGAGGUCUAGAGAAGACACUCUUUGUAAGAUUGUCUGCCAUGAAUGUCAAACCAAUACUAUUACGAACACAGUAUAGAUGCCAUCCGGUCAUUAGCAACCUGUCCAACCAUUUGUUCUACAGUGGAAUGUUGAACGAUGGUAUAAUGGAGGUACACAGACAAGCAUUGGUCAACAAUCUUCCACCAAUUCUAUUCGUCGAAUCAGACAGUGGAUCAGAGGCACUGGAUAACUUUGGAAGUUAUUUCAAUGAAGACGAGGUCAGUUUGGUCAUGUCAAUCAUUGAGAUAUUGAUGAAUAAUGGAAUCAAAGAGAGUCAGAUUGGUGUCAUAUGUUUAUACAAAGCACAAGCACUAAAGAUACAACUCAAGUAUAAGGAGAUGCGAGAGAAAACAAAGAAGAAUGUUUCAAAUAUGUCAACAAAUGAUCCAUUUGUCGAAUUUGAAUGGGACAACUUUGAUGAUGAUCCUAAUCAACAGGCGUCUGAGGAAGAAGACAUUGACGGCAAGCAAUCAGAAGAGAUCAAGAUUAGUACUGUUGAUGCAUUUCAAGGUGCUGAAAGAGACAUUAUCAUACUCAGUUGUUCCAGGACGACACAAGCAUAUGGAUUUGUGGACAACAAUCAGAGGCUCAAUGUGGCCAUCACCAGAGCCAAACAUCAUCUUUUGAUUGUUGGACGUUCAUUGACUCUAGUCAACAAUGAGAAGUGGAAGACAAUUAUCCGAAGUGCCAAGUGCACUGUAUCUGGACGAACAUUGGUCAAGUCCAAGCAGUUUUAUGCCUCCACACCAAACGAAUAA